AUGGCCAGCCCUUUCGGCUGGUGGGCGGGUCGAUGCACUACUUUCCGCGUUCCCAGGCCAUACUGGGACGACCGACUGCACAAGCUGCGAAUGGGCGGCCUGAACGCCGUAGACUUCUACAUCGACUGGAGCGGGCACGAGCCGGAACCGGAACAGUACAACUUCAUCGACAACUACGACGUCGUGGCCUUCCUAGAAGCCGUCAAGAAGGCCGACCUUCUAGCCGUCAUCAGGCCCGGCCCGUUCAUAUGCGGAGAGGUGGAAAACGCUGGUUUCCCUUACUGGCUCCUGCGCAAGCAUCCCAACAUCCGCUACCGCAGCGUGCAAAAGGAGUACGUGGAAGAAGUCACCAAAUGGUUCAACAAGCUGCUACCAAUGCUCGUCCCGUACCUGUACAAGAACGGAGGCCCCAUCAUCAUGUUCCAGGUUGAGAACGAGUACGGUCACCUAGACAACGGUUGCGACCCGAAGUACAUGGAGUUCAUGGUCACCUUGCAGGAGAAGGGGCUCGGCAAGGAUGUGGUCAUGUUUCGCACAAACUUCCCCAUCGAACGACGCUUCGAGUGCGACAAGGUGCGCGACAUACUGGUGGCCGGAAACUGCGACCCCAAGUGCAACAUGUCCAUCUUCAACACGAUCCGCAAGGUCCAGGUCAAACCGGGAGGUCCCCUCCUGGUCGCCGAGUACUACACGGGCUGGAUGAACUUCUGGGGUUGGGACAACAACCCAGCCUACCCGCCCGGAGUCAUCGACACCUUCAAGAAAAUGAUGGACGAAGGCGCGAACAUCAUCUUCUACAUGUACCACGGCGGAACGAGCUUCGGCUUCAAGGCUGCGACCAGCGGCGACGCGCCGCUUGUGACGAGUUACGACUACGAUGCUCCAUUAGGCGAAGACGGGGACCCCAAGGAUUACUACUAUCCUCUGAGAGACGCCAUCGGCAAGUACUUACCGCUCAAGCAGGGAGACGUUCCGAAGAGUUCGCCGAAGCUGAAGCUAGACGCAGUGUCCAUGACCCACAUCAUGACCCUCGGAGAAGUCAUGACCACUUCCGAAGCAAGGGAUGGCUCAGGAGGACCGAGUCCAAGUUCCCGGUUACUUUCGAGCAGCUGGGGCAGGACUUCGGGUUUCUGGUGUACAGCACGGAAGUGCGCGCGGACCUCAACGGGCCGCAGUUGUUAA